AAAUUGUGUAAAAUGCGCGUCCUUUUCGUGUAUAGCUGUGCGCUACUCGCUGUCACCGUUAACGCUGCGUCGUCCAGUUUCGGUUACCACUACGAACGCAAUGGCAACUCCAACUCCAACACCAAUACACUCACAAACGCCAAUAGCCUGAGCUUAAGCAGCAGCGGUAACGGCAUACGCUCGAAGGACAACAAUGCCGAGAGUUUCUUCAAUCCUGCGCCUAGUGGAAAUUCAUUCCUCUUACCGCAACAUCAAACACUACGACAACAACAACAACAGCAGCAGCAACAAAAAACGGAGCCACAAUCUUUUGGCGGCGACAAGUACCUACCACCCUCACAACCCAACGCCGAACCGAUCAUCACCAAGCAAUUUUUUUUAGUCUCCGCACCGGAAGACUCGGAAGAGCAAACCCGCAGCAAGCACUUCGUUAUUGGCCGUCCGCAGAAGAACUAUCGCGUCGUCUUUAUUAAGGCACCUUCCUCUGAUAAUGCCAACCUCAAGUUGACAGCCGAAUAUGCGCCACAAGAGGAGAAGACUGUCAUAUAUGUUUUGAGUAAAAAGGACAACGAAUUGAAUAUUGGUGAGAUAGGCACACCAGCGCCUACUCAGCCGACCAAACCGGAAGUAUUUUUCAUCAAAUACAAGACGCCGGAGGAAGCAGCCGCAGCGCAGAAGGAAAUUCAAGAACAAUAUGACAAUCUUGGCGGCACUUCCGAAUUCUCCGACGAGGGCGUUGUACCCAUAAAAUCGGUGGUGGGCUCACUCGACGGUUUGGCGGCCAAUGGCGGCUACGAUUACCGCAAAGUGCAAAAUGGCGGUGAUUCACCGAUCAAAAACUUCCUGCAACCAGCACGUUUCUAUUUCUAAAGCAUUGUGUUAUAAAAUUUUAGUUGUCUUGUUUCAAAAGCGCACAUUCCGUUAUGCAUAUGCACACCUAUACAUUUGUAAAUAAAUGUUUGUUUUCAAUUUUAAUUAAAAAACACUUUUAGCUUAAUUCAAAAUCGAAAUGAAAUGUUAAUGCAUUUGGAAAUCAAUGGAUACCCAGUGCGCUCGAACAAAAGACUCAAGCAACGAACUCGCUGCGUGAAUUUGCCAUAAAAGUAUUAACGAUUGAGUCAUUAAUUUUCUUUUUCUCUCCUUUUCACGGCGCGCAGUGACUUCUACAGAUUUAUGAUCAAUAAGCAAUUGAUUGAUUGGCAUGUCAACAGCAUUUUGUUGCAUACAACCAACAGCAGACAACAACAAUAGCGUUGGUGAUGGUGAUGGCGAUGUUUUGACAUCGAAUGCUUUAUGCAAACUAAGUAUGACAUUAUAAAUUUAUACGAUUAAAUUAAGCUUUUUAGCUGCAACGCCAGCGAGCGUUCGCCCUUUCAGCUGGCUGAGCUAAGCGCAAAAAUUAAGUAGCCGAAAACAAGUUGGCCAUGUCUGCACAUACCAUUGAAUGGCAGUCAGCGAAAAUCAAGCGCUUGGAUGCGCUGUGAUUAAUUGCCACUUGAGUAGCGCGCGCUUUUGUCCAACUAACUGACUAAAUACAAACAGUUGUUUGUCUAUAUGUAUAUGACAAUCAAAC